GUCCUUACUAAACCCACUCUGUUGCCUCUCUCUCUCUCUCAGCCAAAUCUUCAAAGAGAAAAUGGCGAUUUACUCCUCCACAUCCACCACCAACUGGACCUUCUCUCUCAAGCUCUUGCUCAUCUCCACCGGAGUCUUAUCCAUGGCCUUCGUUAUGAAGCUUUCCGUACCGGUAGUUACAGAUUUCGUAGCCACCGAAGUGCCUUCAAUUUGGAGCGUUGUGCUUUCUUGGUUAAGACCUCCUUACCUCUACAUCCUCAUCAACUGCAUCAUCAUCAGCAUCGUCGCCUCUUCGAAGUUGCAGCAGAAGGUUGAAUAUUAUCCAGCGCAUCCGCCGGAGAUGGUGGUUCCGCAGCCGGUGGUGGCGGAGGCAGUCAAGGUUUCAGGCAGCGAUGUGCGAACGGACUAUGCGGAGGCGUACGGCGGCGCCGUUUUGACUGGUUACGGUUACGAUGCGAAUGCGAUGGCAAAGGUGUAUGAUGGUAGUAGUGUUGCGGUGGCGGAUGAUGUGCAGAGAUGGGCUGGAGUAGUGGAAAAAACCGUUUCGGAUGUGAAGGAAAUGGUGAUUAACGAUCAGACGGUUGCGAAAGGUGGUGAUGACGUGGCGGUUGUAUCGGCGUCGGUUGGUAAAGGUCUGCAGAGGAAAGAUUCUUUGGAGGUUUUGUUUUCAAAUGGGAAUGAGAAACCGCCGGUUUCUGCCAGAUUCGGUCACCGCAAAGCCGUCAAAGCAAGUCCUGAAGGUGGAAAGUCAUUGGGAGUGUCGAAGCCGAAACGGCACGAGACGCUGGAGAGCACGUGGAAGACGAUAACGGAGGGACGUUCGAUGCCGUUAACGAGGCACUUGAAGAAGUGUGACACGUGGGAAUCGCACGCACGGAGAAACAUGCAGAUGGAACAGAACACUCCUCCUACGAAACUGAUGAAGAAGUCGGAAACUUUCAGCGACCGGAAUGGCACCGGCAGCCCCGACUCGAAGCUGAGUCCGUCGUCGGGUUCCGGGAAACUGAAGAAGGAACCGUCGCUGAGUCAGGACGAGUUGAACCGGCGCGUGGAGGCGUUUAUCAAGAAGUUCAACGAGGAAAUGAGGUUGCAGAGGCAGCAAUCUCUGAAUCAAUACCAGGAGAUGAUCAGACGUGGGGCCCAUUAGAUUUGCGUGCUCCAAAUCAAAAUGAUCUGUUUUUCUCACCUUUUUUUUUAAUCCUUUUUUAGAAUGUGCUAACCAAUUGGCGGAUGUUUAUUGGUUAGUUUUUAAAACUUUUUUUUUUCUUUAUUUAGGAUAAAAGGUGGGAAAAAUAGACCUGUAUACACAUGUGGAUUAUGAAGUUUUUACUUUGACCAAAUUUUCUUUGGCUGCAAGUAGAAAUGGGUAAAACGAGAAAGUCUGUGUAUGUAAUGUAACCAUGGAGUUUCAAGCUCUGUUACUCUGAGCAUUACCAAGGGAGGACAAAAAAAAGAAAAAAAAAGAAAAAAAAAAAGGAAGCUCUGUUACUCCUGAGUUUUAAUAUUUAUAAGGUUUUGAAUUUUUUGUUUUUGAUAUACCUUUAAUAUUAAUAGUUGGAAGAGCCUUUUUGAGGUUUGUUCGA